UAGCGUCGUUGAUGUAGUCGUACGCUGUAAGUUGUAAACUUCAAUGGUUUUACUGAUAGAGAGGGUAUCCUACUUAACCACAGGGACGCAGGACAUUAUUUGCUUAUAGCUGAAGUUGUACUCAUUCGUUAAUUCUCUACGUUUAGGUGCCGUACUCUCAAGAAACUUAGUUAAUCAACUGCCAAGAUGGUGAGAGUUAAACAGUUUGGACUUCUUGUGUGGAAAAACUUUAAACUACAGUUUCGCCAUCCAUGGGUGACUGGUUUUGAACUUGGUGUUCCCACAAUGUUUGCUUUAGUAUUAGUGAUAAUAAGAACUCAAGUUGAUUCUAAACCAGUACGGAAUGCAACAAUUUUUCCAUCAUUCACUGUUGACCAUUUACCUAGUAAUCUAACCCCUGGAAUCAGUUUUGCAGCUCACUUUGACAGAAGAAUGCCAACAGAUAUGAAGAAAGAAGAUUAUUUAAAUGAAAACAUAAAAAUCAACUUCACAGAAUAUGAAAAUAUAACAAAUAAUAAGUGGGUUUUAGCUUAUGCUCCAGAUUUACCACAUGUUCGGUCAGUCAUGGAAUUUGUAGAAUCAAAACUGGAUGUGACUGUUCAGGCUUUCUCAUCUGAGCCAGAACUUUUGGAUUUUUAUCUAAACAAUGAAGCAAGUGUACUUGGUGGAGUUAUAUUUACUGAAGAAAAAGAAGGAGCUUCUAGUUUUUCCAAGAAAAUCAGUUAUAAGAUAAGACUGAAAGCAACACCUAGGAAUCUGGAAAAAGAAGUGGAAAAUUCAGUGGAAAACUGGAAAACACAGUUGACAUUUCCUGUGUUUCAACUUCUAGGACCAAGAGAAAAAGAUAGCAUUUGGGGUGGAAAACCAGGAUACAUGGCAGAAGGGUUUUUAUCUAUCCAGCAUGCAGUUGUCUUGGCAGUAAUAGAAUUUAUUACAAAUGGAAAUGUUGCUGAUAACUUACAGUUACAGAUGCAAAGAUAUCCAUACCCACCUUAUGAUAAUGACCUAUUCCUUCUAGCUCUUCAGAUUUUCUUCCCAUUGAUUAUGAUUUUUAGUUUCAUCUAUCCAGCAUUGAACAUUGUGAAAAACAUUGUGAUUGAAAAAGAGAAACGGUUAAAGGAAUCAAUGAAAAUGAUGGGGUUGAGAACGUGGCUACAUUGGUCUGCAUGGUAUUUCAAAUACUUGAUAUUUUUAUUGAUUAGUGUCACAAUCAUCACAAUACUCGUGACUGUCAAAGUAUCCCAUGGAGUUUGUGUGUUUGACAAAAGCAAUCCUUUCAUCAUCUUUCUCUUACUUUUUGUGUAUAUAUUGACCACCAUAUGCUUCUGCUUCUUAAUUAGCACUCUUUUCUCCAAAGUACCACAUCCUUUGGGUUUGGUGGUGGAUGCUUUCACUCAGGAUUGCAUCUACCUUUACCGGGUCACACUCCUCUUUGAUAUUGGUUCUCACUUGUUGGCAAGUGGUGUCUGUCCAGUUAUACUUAUCAGCUGGAGAAUCCUCAUCAUACCAUCUCCUGCAGGAUGGUUAUCAGGAGAUAUGAUAUUACAAGGAGCUGGACCAGCCACUAAAUCUGCACUAUACAGCCUUUCACAAAAUCAAAAAAAAUACUUACCAAUUGGGGAACCCCCUGUAUUCCACCUCCUGCAAGUUGAGACCCAGGAGUUCUGGUAUGGCAAGGAGUUGGAACAGUUAAGAUUUUAUGUUCUAUCAUGGGAAUGGAUUUGGACCAGCCAACAAUACUGUAACAAUAAGGCUUAUAACGCACACUGUCGAGAUAGGGUGUACCACAAGACUGCUAGUGGGUUUACCUUGUGGCUAUCAUGGGAAUGGAGUUGGACCAGCCAACAAUACUGUAACAAUAAGUUCUGCAGCAGCAGGAGCUGGUAUGAUUUUUUUUUAACCUUUACUCCUUACUUCUUCAUCCAACCUCGCUACAGUGAAAUGUCAUUAAGGCAGAAACUGGCCAGUUGUCUUUUUUCAAACACUGCACUAGCCAUGAGCUCAAUGCAAUUGGCAAUGUGGGAGGGAACUGGUGCUGGUGCACAGUGGAAUAAUAUAUCUUCUUCAUCUUCUCCUGAUGAUAAACUGUCACUUCAGUUGAUAUUUUUAAUGUUAGUUUUUGAUGGCAUCUUGUACUUGGUCCUUACAUUGUACAUUGAAACUGCCUUUCCUGGAGAAUACGGGGUUCCACAACCUUGGUACUUCCCCAUUUUGAAAUCUUACUGGUAUGGCACAGCAACCGAAGAUCAUCAUCCAGUUCCAGUAACAAUAAACAAUGAAGGAAGAGAGUUUUUUGAAGAAGAACCAGUAGGAUUAAUGCCAGGAAUACAGAUAAUGUCAUUGACAAAGGUUUUUGGCAAAAAGUAUGCUGUUAACAACGUCACUAUUAACAUGUAUCGCAGCCAAAUAACAGCAUUAUUAGGACACAAUGGUGCAGGCAAGUCGACAACUAUAUCAAUGUUGACAGGUUUGUUCCCAGCCACCUGCGGGACAGCAUUAGUGAAUGGCUAUGAUAUAUCUAAUGAGAUUGUGGGAGUCCACACUGGACUAGGAAUUUGUCCACAACAUGAUGUCCUUUUUGAUGACCUAACUGUAGCUGAGCAUUUAAAAUUUUUUUGCAAGUUGAAGGGGUACAUCCCAGACCUUGUGAAGUCAGAGGUGGACAGAAUGAUCAAAACUCUUGGUCUAGAAGAUAAAAGAAAUGCACUCGCCAAGACAUUAUCUGGUGGUAUGAAACGCAAGCUGUCAGUAGGAAUAGCUUUAGUUGGAGGCUCACAGGUGGUGAUGUUGGAUGAGCCAACCUCUGGCUUGGACCCAUCUGCCAGGCGUUUUAUUUGGGACUUGCUACAGGCCGAGAAGGAGCACCGCACCAUCUUGUUGACGACCCAUUUCAUGGAAGAAGCUGACAUCUUGGGUGACAGAAUAGCAAUCAUGUCUGAGGGGGAGAUCCGGUGUUGUGGCUCUCCUCUCUUUCUUAAGAAGAAAUAUGGUGCUGGAUACCAUGUGGUUAUGGUAAAGGAGCCACACUGUGAUGUUACAGCCACUUCUAAUUUGAUUUACUCUUAUGUACCGAAUGCGGAAUUGGAAAGCAAUGUUGGUGCUGAAUUAUCCUUUAGCCUACCUAAUGACGGGUGUCCAUAUUUUGAAAAACUGUUUACUGAACUGGAAAAUAGAAAGACAGAACUGGGUAUUUCUAGCUAUGGAGCAUCUAUUACAACCAUGGAAGAAGUGUUUAUCAAAGUGGGAGAGUAUUCCAAUGCUGACAUAAAAAACAUAUUGAAACAGGAUGAGGAUGAAGAGAUUAAUAUGAAUAGAGAAAGUAUUAAUCAAGAAACAGGUGAAGUCACCACCAUGGAACUUAGUGUAGACAGAAGCAUCGGAAUAGUUCGUUUUGGCCAGCAGUUUCAGGCUUUGCUGACUAAGAGAGUUAUUUAUACACUACGUAAUUGGUUACUGACUUUGUCACAACUUUUUCUGCCUGUUUUAUUUGUCAUGCUAACUCUUGUCAUGCUAAAAACCUUACCUAAGCCACAAGAUUUAUCACCUUUAGUCUUAGAUCUUUCUGAAUUUGAUGGAACUGUAAUUCCCUAUCAGUUUGGUGCUCAGAAUGGAACUGUUGAUAAUGUAAUGGGUGAAGCAUAUAUAUCUCAGUUUAAGGGCACUGAUAAUAAUGUAGUUAAAGUCAACUCUUCAGAAAAUAUUAUUGAUUAUUUAGUUGACCAAGGUGUUAAAGAUAUUGGUCAACUUAACCUACAUAAUAUGAUUGCAGCAGUAUUUCGUAGAACUGCUACAGAUAAUAAAACCUUCCUCACAUCUCUGUUCAACAAUCAAGCGUUCCACACUCCAGGUGUUUCAUUAGCAGCCCUUGACAAUGCCAUGCUGAAAUACUUUACUGAUAACAGCUACAGUUUGACAGUGACAAACCAUCCUAUGCCUAGGACAGUCAGUGAACAGUCUCUGUUCACAGGGAUUAUAUGUCUUGUGGCUGUCAGUAUCUUGGAGAUUCCACAGCUAGAAUUAGCUGAUGUAGCUAAAGCUUUGGAUUGGACUUUCUCCGUGUUCCUAACAAAUUACUGUCUUGGCCGUUCAGUCAGUAAUUUAUACCAGAAUUCUCAGUUUAAUAAAAUAUGCAACAGGGAGCUCAUUCAAAUAGCCUGCAAAUUUGUUCCUCAAGAUAACCCAGGUUUUGAUAUUGUUAAGCCUUGCUGUAAAGGCAAAUGUGGUGAUGUCUGCUUGCCUUGGGAAACCAACUUUUUGGCUUGGACUGUCCCUGGCAUUGGUCGCCACUUGACAUUUCUUGUGCUUCAAUCCAUCAUGUUCUGGAUCUGUGUAUAUGCUGCUGAAAUUAAUUUAUUUCGAUCACUACGAUAUGCUGUACAGUGCAAAAAUAAAUAUUUUGUUACUAUAAAUGAAGAGGAAGCAGUAUCUGCUGUUGAUGAUGAUGAUGAUGUCAUAAAAGAGAAGGACCAUAUAAACUUGACCUCUAUCUCUAGCUUAUUUCAAUCCAAUAUUUUAAUUCUCCAAGGCCUCACAAAGUACUAUAAGAGGCUACUAGCUGUUGACCACCUCUCACUUGGAGUUCGUAGAGGGGAAUGCUUUGGCUUGCUGGGAAUUAAUGGAGCUGGGAAGACAACUACUUUUAAGAUGUUGACAGGUGAUGAGGCCAUUUCAUCAGGGGAUGCUUAUAUUGACAACUUGAGCAUUAAGAAACAUGUGAGACAGGUUCAACAACUUAUUGGAUAUUGUCCUCAAUUUGAUGCAUUGAUUGAGCAGAUGACUGGAAAGGAAGUUCUGACAAUGUUCGCUCAUUUAAGAGGCAUGCCAAGAGAGAGCAUUUCAAAACAUAUUACUCAUCUUAGUAGCAUGUUAUAUUUCAACAUGCAUAUAGAUAAACGGGUGAAGGACUACAGCGGUGGCAACAGGAGAAAGUUGAGUGCAGCAGUUGCACUUGUUGGGGACCCUCCCAUUAUUUUCUUGGACGAGCCAACAACAGGGAUGGAUCCAGUAGCACGACGGUGCUUAUGGGAUGCUCUCGAAAAAAAUAUAGCUCGAGGAAGAUCUAUCAUUCUCACAUCUCACAGCAUGGAGGAAUGUGAAGCCUUGUGCAACCGAUUGGCUAUCAUGGUGAAUGGAAAAUUUUGUUGUUUGGGAAGUCCUCAACAUCUCAAAAAUAAGUUUGGUCAAGGCUAUACAUUAAUUGCUAAAGUCGGCUGUCAUCGUUUUAAGAGAGAUCCCAUACUACCAUCAGAAGUUCAAUCUGAGGGUUCUCAUGUGAACCCUCUUUACAGGCCUGAUGCAGAGCAUCAGAGGCAACAAAAGACAGAAACCAAUUUUCAUCAAAAUUUAGAAGAUGUCAAGAGUUUCAUUGAGAACACAUUUCAAGGCUGCAUCUUAAAGAGGGCACAUCAAGGUUUUCUACAUUACCACAUUCCUGAUACCCAACUAACCUGGGCAGAAAUCUUUGGAAUUAUGGAGAAUGCUAAAGUUCACUACAAUAUUGUAGACUAUUCAAUCGGUCAGACGACUCUAGAACAAGUGUUCCUCAAUUUUGUCCGUGCUCAACGUUUCAUGGCAAAAUAACUACGUCACCACAUUAUUACCGUGCACCCACAUUGAAAUAAUAUGGUGGUUAUUGAACAAAUUUAUAAUGUAUACUUUUAUUAUAAAAAACAAAAAUCCUAGCAACUCUUUGGCUGAAUAGCUUAUUAAUAUUUUUUUUUUUAUCAAAUUAUGUAUUGUUGUGACAAUUUUAUGAGAAACAAAAGUUUGUAGUUGGGAAAUGAUAACUCACAAAUAUAUCAAAAGUAUUUUCUUACAAAAUAUAAUAAACACUGCAAUUAAACAAGUAAUGGGGGAUAUUUGAUUUGGUGAUACAAAAUGUUUUUUAUCAUGUACAUGACUUAUAAUGUUAUAAAAUGCUACAUUAACAUAUUUUUUUUUUCAAAAUGAUUCUAGUUUUACUUAAUCAGCCAAAAAAAAGUUAAUUAAAAAAAUUUUUUCACGAAGCAAUAUGUUUAUCCUCAUAGGUUGCUAAUUGUGGUACUUCUUCCUUGCGUGGUUUUGUUUUUCUUCAUAAACCUCUUAAACUGUGUAUCAUAAUAAUAUUUUGGAAGAAUAUGCAUGAUUAGUCACACCAAGUCUUCUGUGGUGUUGCUACAAUGUAUCUUGAGGGUUUUUUUUUGCAGGGAGUGAUACAUAUGCUUGAUCAUUAUUACACCUACAUGUACUGCUUAAUCCUUGUGUGACAAAUCUUUUUCUUACUUAAAAAGUUUACUUGUUUGCCUUACUACUUGUACUAAAAUUUUGUCACAGUAGAUUUUGGAGUCAAAUUUGAAUGAUUUGAAUCCUUAUCUAUCUUUGCGAAAAGUGCCUGCAAACAGGAAGAGAUGUUAAAAAUGUUGUGACAAAAGCUGUUAGUAACUGAAACCUCAUUCUUCAACUAAAGAGGGUAUCUUGUGGAAUUAGUAAAUGAAACCUCAUUCUCUGACUAAAAAGGGUAUCUUGUAGAAUUAGUAAAUGAAACCUCAUUCUUUGACUAAAGAGGGUAUCUUGUGGAAUAAGUAAAUGAAACCUCAUUCUCUGACUAAAAAGGGUAUCUUGUAGAAUUAGUAAAUGAAACCUCAUUCUUCAACUAAAGAGGGUAUAUUGUAGAAUUAGUAAAUGAAACCUCAUUCUUCAACUAAAGAGGGUAUCUUGUGGAAUUAGUAAAUGAAACCUCAUUCUUCAACUAAAGAGGGUAUCUUGUGGAAUUAGUAAAUGAAACCUCAUUCUUCAACUAAAGAGGGUAUCUUGUGGAAUUAGUAAAUUCCAUUUUUAAUGUAUAGUUGUAUUUCAAUUAUAUGGGGAAAGUAUUUUUAAAUAUUGUUUAUUGAAUAAAGAGGACUAGAUCCUAUGUUAAUUUUAGUUUUCUUUUAUAACAUUCUUCUUUGAUUGUUGUAUAUUUACGAUUGUUUCUGUUUCGAAAAUUACAUAUUUUUGUUAAGUUUGCUGACUUGACAGUCUAUUAUAUUUUACUUGAGUUUGUAUAAAAUCAUAGAUAAAAAUGGUUGAUCUUGUGGAAUUAGUAAAUGAAACCUCAUUCUUCAACUAAAGAGGGUGUCUUGUGGAAUUAGUAAAUUCCAUUUUUAAUAUAUAGUUGUAUUUCAAUUAUAUCGGGAAAGUAUUUUUAAAUAUUUUUUAUUGUUUAUUGAAUAAAGAGGACUAGAUCCUAUGUUAAUUUUAGUUUUUUCUUUUGUAACAUUCUUCUUUGAUUUUUGUAUAUUUACGAUUGUUCCUGUUUGAAAAUUACAUAUUUUUGUUAAGUUUGCUGACUUGACAGUCUAUUAUACUUUACUUGAGUUUGUAUAAAAUCAUAGAUAAAAAUGGUUGAUUUCGGUGCAGAUGAACUAAAUGAUAUAACAUUGGUAAAAUCUUAUUGUUUGCUAUAAAAAUGUGAAUUAGAAUCCUAUUUAUAGCAGCUUUAAGAUAAAAAACUAGUCACUUUGUGUAGAAAAAAGAUUAGGGCGGUAUCAACAUUUCAGUUUUUGUUUCUUAUACCUAUAUUAAAUACAAUUAAUUUGAAUAAACUGGAAAUUGAAAUUGUUAUUCAGCAUUAUCUUGUAACCAGCCUUGAGAAACUGGAGUAAAGAAUCACAUUUUGCUAAUACAAUAGUAGGUAGACUCUCAAUGAUUUAUAAACAUGAUGUAGUACGUUCUAUCAGCCUUUACAUAUCAUCAGCGGUGAUAUUCUACUAGUACUUGCUGUAAGUUAGUAUCAGUGGAGAUUGUUUGGAGCACAUAGUGUUUGUUUCAUCAUUUUCUAGCACCUAUAUUUAAUGUUGAACACAUAUAAUUUUCAUUUAAAUAUUUGAUACAGUUAUUAUUUUUGAAUACCAAUCAUUUGUGUUAUUAUAGGGACUAAUGUAUUUACAUAGGAUUUCUUGUCUGCCUGUUUAAUAUUGAACACGUAUCAUUUUCAUUUAAAUAUUGAUACAGUUAUUAUUUUUGAAUACCAAUCAUCUGUGUUAUUAUAGGGACUAAUGUAUUUACAUAGGAUUUCUUGUCUGCCUGUUUAAUAUUGAACACGUAUCAUUUUCAUUUAAAUAUUUGAUACAGUUAUUAUUUUUGAAUACCAAUCAUCUGUGUUAUUAUAGGGACUAAUGUAUUUACAUAGGAUUUCUUGUCUGCCUGUUUAAUAUUGAACACGUAUCAUUUUCAUUUAAAUAUCUGAUACAGUUAUUAUUUUAGAAUACCAAUCAUCUGUGUUAUUAUAGGGACUAAUGUAUUUCUUGUCUGCCAUAUUAUUUUUGAGAAAAAAUUUCACUGUAAUUAUCAUACAGAGUUCUUAUGUAUAUAUUUAGUUCCUAAAUUCUAAAUUAAAACUAUUAGCUCAUCUGUUACCUUCUGAUUUCUCUGUGAUGGUUUAAGAAAACUUUGUUGACUGAUUUGUGAUAUUUACCAACUUGUAAGGACUAAGACCUCCAGCUGUUUAUUAGAAACAACUAUGUAAGAGUGAAUAGUAUUAUUGUGGUAAAAGUCUUUAUAUUAAGAACUCUAAUGUCUUUUAAAAGUGAACACUUAAAGAUAAGAUCCAUAGAUUGCUUUUAAGGUAGCUUGAAAAGACUGUGAUGUUUAAAUAAAUACUGGGAUAUAUGCCGAGACUGUAAAACUAUUAUAAUAUUAUCUAACCUUUUUGUUUCAGUUUUGUAAUGGGCUAUCUUCACACAAAAUUCCCUGUUCUUGAAGUGAUAACAUAGAGAAGACAACUAAUCAACAGUAUCUAUUUCACAGAGAUAUUUAACACAAUUUUACCCUGCUCCACUUAACUAUGUUAUAUAGACAUACAUGAAUACAUCAAAAUAUAUAUAAAACUUUACUAAUGUUCAUGCAAAUUAUACAAAAUGUCACCAUAAUAUAACUUAACUUUUUCGUUCCAGAUAAAUAAUAAAGUUUUACCCAUAUCUGUGUCUCAUCCGUAA